GCAUUUAAAGCAGGUCCCUGUCGGAGCUGCAGGACAUUCGGACCCGGUUCUGUGUGUCGGUAUGUCCCUGAGGACCAGCCUCCUCCUCCGGCAGGUGUCAGCCCGGCUCCCCGGGCUCCCCGCCGCCAUGCAGCGGCUCUACAGCCUGGACGUGGCCGCCCCGCUGCUGCGGACCCAGGGUUACCUGGGGGGCCGCUGGGUCUCCGCGGGGUCCGAGUUCCCGGUCCUGGACCCGGCCACGGGGCAGGAGCUGGCCCGGGUGGCCGACUGCGGCCCCGCCGAGGCCAAGCGGGCCGUGGACGCCGCGUACGAGGCGUUCCAGUCCUGGAAACAGGUCACGGCCAAGGAGAGGAGCGUCCUGCUGAGGAAGUGGUUUGACCUGAUGACGCUGCACAAGGACGACCUGGCCAAGCUGAUCACCUUCGAGUGUGGGAAGCCCCUCCGGGAGUCCCUGGGUGAGAUUUCCUACUCCGCCUCCUUCAUGGAGUGGUUCUCUGAGGAAGCCCGGCGGGUUUACGGGGACAUCGUCCCGUCUCCGGCCCGGGACCGGAAGAUCCUGCUGCUGAAGCAGCCGGUGGGCGUGGCCUCCAUCAUCACGCCGUGGAACUUCCCCAGCGCCAUGAUCACCAGGAAGGUUGGCGCCGCCCUGGCGGCCGGCUGCACGGUGGUGGUGAAGCCGGCCGAGGACACGCCGCUGUCGGCGCUGGCUCUGGCUGAGCUGGCGGAGCAGGCCGGGAUCCCGGCCGGCGUCUUCAACGUAGUGCCCUGCUCCCGGGAGAAGACCCCGGCGGUGGGGAAGGUGCUCUGCACCGACCCGCUGGUGGCCAAGAUCUCCUUCACCGGGUCCACCGCCACCGGCAAGAUUCUUCUGAAAAUGGCGGCCGACACGGUGAAGAAGGCGUCCAUGGAGCUGGGAGGCCACGCCCCCUUCAUCGUGUUCGAUAGCGCCGACAUCGAUGAGGCCGUGAAGGGAGCCAUGGCCUCCAAGUUCAGGAACUCUGGACAGACGUGCGUGUGCUCCAACCGGUUCCUGGUCCAGUCCGGGGUGUACGAGCGGUUCCUGGACCGGCUGGGCCGGGCCAUGGACGAGGAGCUGAGGAUCGGACACGGAUCGGAACCAGAGACCACGCAGGGCCCGCUGAUCAACGCCAGGGCUGCAGAGAAGGUGUCCCAGCAGAUCUCUGACGCCGUGUCCCGCGGUGCUAAGGUGCUACGAGGCGGGAAUCGUCUCCACGGGUCGUUCAUGGAGCCCACGCUGCUGUCGGACGUCACGGCGGAGAUGCUGUGCACCCGGGAGGAGACGUUUGGACCGCUGGUGCCGGUCCUCAGGUUCAACACGGAGGACGAGGCGCUGGCCGUCGCUAACGCCUCCAACGUGGGGCUGGCAGGUUACUUCUACUCCCAGGACCUGGCUCAGAUCUGGCGGGUGGCCGAGGCCCUGGAGGUGGGCAUCGUGGGCGUGAACGAGGGCCUGCUCUCCACCCCCGAGGCCACGUUUGGGGGGGUCAAGCAGUCGGGCCUGGGCCGCGAGGGCUCCAAGUACGGCAUCGAGGAGUACCUGGACGUCAAGUACAUGUGCCUGGGGGGCCUGAGGCCCUGAGGGGCCCCAGGGGGGGGCUGAGGCCCUGAGGGGCCCCGGGGGGGCCUGAGGCCCUGAGGGGCCCUGGGGGGGCCUGAGGCCCUGAGGGGCCCUGGGGGGGGCCGCCCCGGGGGGGGUCCGGGACCGGCCUGGUCCGGGGGGCUUGUCCGGGACCGAUCCAGGGGCUUGUCCGGGACCGGCCCGGGUGUUCGGACCACCUACCAGAGACAUUAACGUCCCGUCCUCCACUCGGGGACCUCGUGCUGCUAAUUGAAGUCUAAAGGGGGGGUCAUUCAUCUGUAGUAGCAAUAACAAUCGGUGUUUGGUGUCCUGCACUAGUCGGAAAAUAAAAAAGAUAAUACGGAAAUACGGUACCUGACAUAUAAUGUAUAAUAAUCAUCUAAUUACCCCCCCAGGAGAUAUAUGACUGUGGUAAUAUAACUGUUGUUUGUUUGCUAAUUUAACUUUGAAAUGUUUGUUAAUUUAACUUGAAGAUGUUUGCUAAUUUUGCUCAUUUAAAAUUUGAGAUGUUUGCUAAUUUAAACAAGUGCUGGAUUAUUUUGUUAGUCGGGUGUCAUGUGAUCGUUGCCAAACUUGCCAACAAUGUGAUUAAUUUCUUUUCUUUUUAGACAUUUUUUUGAUUGUUAGUAAAAGUUCCUAGAUGAUAGUGUCGCAUUCUAGUCUUUUAAAAGGGAAUCAAAUGGUAAUGCUGCCACCUGGUGGGCGGAGGUUCAAUGACGCGUCUUGAUUUUGACUUUUUUAUGGAAGAAAACAGUUAUAGGAUUUACCGUAUUGGCCCGAAUAUAAUUCAAUUCAAUUCAAUUCAAUUUUAUUUAUAUAGCGUCUAAUACAACAGAUGUUGUCUCUAGACGCUUUCCAGAGAUCCAGAACAUGAACAUAAACAUAAACAUAAACAUAAACAUAUAAGACGACCCUGAUUAUAAGACGACCCUCUUUUCAAGACUCGAGUUUGAAAAAAGACUUUUUGAACACCAAAUUCAAUUUUUAUACAGAAAAUAAUGACAGUACAUCUGAAACAAAUGAUUAUAACAAUAUAUUGGAGAGAAAAAGCCUGUUAUUUUGCCUCAUUCAAACCAUAUUGAAGUUUGCAUCAUAACAUCUAGCGGUGUGAUGGGUAUAACGUCAAGACCCCGAAUGGAAGACGACGCCCACUUUGAGUCUUAUUUCAAUGCAGAAAACACCGUCUUAUAUUCAGGCUGAUACGGUACUAGUCCUUUUAAAAGGGAAUCAAAUGGUAAUGCUGCCAUCUGGUGGUCGGAGGUUCAAUGACGCGUCUGAUUUGACUUUUUCAUGGAAGAAAACAGUUUAUAGGUUUGAAAUGUUUCACCUUAAACCUAGAAUCUGUUUCAUCGGGUCUUCAGGGAAGUAAACAAAAACCGGGAUCAUCUUUAUUACUUUAUCGUUUAGGCCGUUAGUUCCCACCUGAAAGGGGGCGUGGCCACCCCAGGAGAGGGAGGUGAUGUCACUCCUGACCUGUGAUUGGCUCUGGUUAAGCCCCGCCCACCAUGAAAGCGUCAGCAGUCGUCACUUCCUCCUAAACGUUUUUAUUAACAGAGAAAACAACCGUAAAAACAUUGAAUCAGAUGUCAGAGUUUAAAUGUGACUGUGGUAAAUCUACUUUUAAGAUGUUUGCUAAUUUUGUUAAUUUAAACGAGUGCUAGAUCAUUUUGUUUGUCGGGUGUCAUGUGAUCGUUGCCAAACUUGCCAACAAUGUGAUUCUUUUCUUUUCCUUUCUUUUAGACAUCUUUGAAGAUUGUUAGUAAAAGUUCCUAGAUGAUAAUGUCACAUUCUAGUCUUUUAAAAGGGAAUCAAAUGGUAAUGCUGCCACCUGGUGGUCGGAGGUUCAAUGACGCGUCUUGAUUUUGACCUUUUUAUGGAAGAAAACAGUUAUAGGAUUUACCGUAUUGGCCCAAAUAUAAGACGACCUGAUUAUAAGACGACCCUCUUUUCAAGACUCGAGUUUGAAAAAAGACUUUUUGAACACCAAAUUAAAUUUUUAUACAGAAAAUAAUGACAGUACAUCUGAAACAAACGAUUAUAACAAUAUAUUGGAGAGAAAAGGCCUGUUAUUUAGCCUCAUUCAAACCAUGUUGAAGUUUACAUCAUAACAUCUAGCGGUGUGAGGGUAUAACGUCAAGGGGGUCUGACGUCCUCUAACUCAUGUUCUUGUAAACUAAGUCCAGAUUUCUGUUUUGUACCUGUGAAACUGAAUUAAACAUGAAAUUGCAACGUGA